AUGGAUAGUCCUAGCUUUAACUGCAACAUGGAAGGUCUGCUUGUAGGCAUUGGAAACCCACUACUAGAUAUUUCUGCCAUUGUUGAUGAGGAAUUGCUGAAGAAAUAUGAUUUGCAUCCUGAUGACGCUAUAAUGGCAGAACAAAAACACAUGCCUUUGUAUAAAGAACUGACAGAGAAUUAUAACGCGGAAUUUCUAGCUGGCGGCAGUGUCCAGAAUUCUCUUCGUGUAGCACAAUGGAUUCUAAAGAAACCCAAGAUCUGCACAUAUUUUGGUUGCGUGGGAAAGGAUAAAUUUGCACAUAUACUGAAAGAAAGAGCAGAAGCGGACGGCGUGCGCGUGCUGUACCAGGUGACGUACGAAGCGGCGACAGGCACGUGCGCUGUGCUGGUGACCGGUACGCACCGUUCGCUCUGCGCCAACCUGGCCGCCGCGCAGCGCUUCACGCCCGACCAUCUCGCCAAGCACGAGUGCCGAGAGAGCAUACGCGCCGCUCGCCUUAUAUACGCCUCGGGCUUCUUUGUAGCGGUAUCACCGGAGUCAAUAAUGCAGUUGGCGGAACACGCACACAAGAACGGGCUUACCUUCAUCAUGAAUCUCAGUGCACCCUUUGUCUCACAGUACUACAAGGAGCCCUUGGAGAAGUUGAUACCUUAUGUUGAUGUUUUGUUUGGAAAUGAAACUGAAGCUGAAGCAUUUGCCAAGGCAUUCAACUUAACUGGCAAGAAUCCAAAGGAAAUCGCAGAAAAUAUUGCAUCACUUCCCAAACUAAAUAGCUCAAGGCGGAGAGUAGUUAUAAUAACACAGGGUAGUGAACCGGUUGUACUUGUCGAAGGCGAUAAAGUAUCACAGAUACCGGUCAAGAAGUUGUCAAAAGAGCAAAUUGUGGAUACGAAUGGAGCAGGGGAUGCCUUCACAGGUGGUUUCCUCAGUCAAAUGGUGUUAGGCAAACCAUAUGAGACUUGUGUGAAAUGUGGUAUUUAUGCAGCUUCCCACAUCAUUCAACAUUCUGGUUGUACUUUCAGUGGGGAAAGCAACUUCCAGGAGAGUUAA